AUGUCUCAAAUGAGAGAGGUUGGAGACCGGAAAAAGCUGGAAAAGCUUUUGAGAGUUUUUUAUAAGGAAGUUUUCACCUUAAAAGAUGAAACUAAUGCAUUUAAUAUUCAUCCAAUCUUCAACACGUUACCAUCAAAGAAAGACUAUCCAGAUUACUACGCUGUGAUUAGGACUCCUGUCUCUUUGAAUACUUUGAAGAAAAGAGUCCCACAUUACACGAAACCACAGGAGUUUUUGAAUGAUAUCGUUCAAAUUGGAUGGAAUGCUAUUACUUAUAACACGAAAGGUUCUGUUAUUUAUCAAUAUGCUACUGUCUUAAACAAAUAUGUGAAAGAGCAAAUGUAUCCAAGGUUAAGAAAGGAGUACCCUUUUGUCAGAUAUCCGUAUUUGGGUAAGUUACCAGAUGAAGCAGAUGAAAAAGAACAAUUGGCGUUUGUAGAGAAGGAAAGAUUGGAAGAUGAAAAAAAUGGUAUAGUAUCAACUAAAACAGAACUUAACCAAAAGGAAAAUACGGUGGUGGAAGAAACUGACCAGGAUGACGAAGAAUAUCUAGAGUUUAAGAAACCAACUAUGAGAUUAAGAACAAAUAGAAAGAUUUCUUCGUAUCAGGAAAGCCACUCCCCAAGUUACAAUCCAAUAUCGUCACCACAAAUUUCUUCAAAAGCUGUACAACACAAGGCUCACGUAAGACGCGGUAGACCACCUACUAUCGAUUUACCAUAUUUACAAAGAAUCAAGAAUAUUCUCAAAAAUUUCAAAAGAGAAUAUGACCAGGAUACCGGUGAUCUUUUGACCGCUUCUGUUGAAAAAUUGCCACCAGAUAUGUCAAACGUUGUUCCAAAUCCAGUUUCAAUGGAUGAUAUUAGGAAAAAGACCAAGACCCGUAAAUAUAAAGAUUUUAGUUCUUUCCAAAAUGAGUUCAAUUUAAUGCUCACAAACUUCAAACUCUAUUACCGUAGUGAUCUUGAUGAAUUGAAAAUAAUCAAUAAAUUAGAAAAAGUGUUCAAUAUUUUUGUACGAAACGAAUUAUCCAGACCAGAUGAGUUUUAUGUUCCUGAAGGUGAUUUAAGAUACCCAUUAGAUUCAAUUGUAGCUUGUGGUUUAAGUUUCAAGAUCGGUGAUUGGGUGUUGUUGAAUAAUCCGAAUGAUGCAAAGAAGCCAAUAGUGGGUCAAGUUUUUAAACUCUGGAAAACUUCCGAUGGUGGACAAUGGCUGAAUGCAUGUUGGUAUUUUAGACCAGAACAAACCGUCCACAGGGUAGAUAGAUUAUUUUAUAAAAAUGAAGUGAUGAAAACAGGUCAAUAUAGAGAUCAUCCCAUUGAGGAUAUUGUAGGAAAAUGUUACGUUAUCCAUUUCACUAGAUUUCAGAGAGGUGAUCCAGAUAUCAAUUUAGAGGGGCCUUUAUUUGUAUGUGAGUUCCGUUACAACGAAAAUGAUAAGGUCUUCAAUAAAAUUAGAACGUGGAAAGCCUGUUUACCCGAGGAGUUGCGUUAUGUCGAUGAACAAACCAUUCCAGUCCCUGGAAGAAAAUUUUUCAAAUAUCCGUCACCAAUCAGACAUCUUUUACCAUCAAAUGCAUCCGUUGAUGAUCGACUUCCAGAACCUACGAAGGGUGCGCCAAACGCUCCUCCUUUAGUUGGUGCUGUGUACGUCCGACCAAUGUUAGAUCGUGAUGAUCUUGGUGAAUACAUGACAUCUACAGACUGUCCUCGUUAUAUUAUCAGACCAGGUGAUCCUCCUGAGGAAGGAAAAAUUGAUUAUGAAUCAGGGACAGUUGUAACUAACUAUGCAACAACUAAUGCUUUACCUAGAACGAACAAUCAUUCAACCGUAAGACUACCGUCACUAAGACAAAGCAGAACAAGUACUGCAAUGAAUUCUGGAAGAAACACUCCAGAUCAGGGAUAUCCCUUACUCAGUACGAAUAAUUAUGGAGAUACUCCUGGCGGAUUGACUGUUCAACGCUUGACACAAUUACAAUUUCAAAGGCUACAACAAAAGCAACAGCAAGAACAACAGAAAAAAUUACAAGCUAACAACAAUUACAGACUAACCAAUGUGGUCAGUAACCUGAAUGCACAAGCUUCCAGAAGUAGCAUGUUUCAAGUUGUUGUUGAUUCACCAAGCAGCUACAUACUUCCCAUCUCAAUUACUAAAAAUGUCGAUGUUCUGCAACGAAGCGACUAUGGCAGUCAAUCUAGAAGAAGUCAUGAACAUGGCUCAGUCUCAGAUCAAAUAUUAACUAGGAAAAGAAUAAAAAAAGAGGUACUGUGGUUCAAAGGUGCCAGUAUUAGCAUCGAAGAAAACUUAUUGAAUUUAGGUUCUGAAUAUUUUGACGUCCCAUUAAAUAAAUGGUUUCAAAAUACCAAAAAGAGAAAACUUGAAUUUGAAGAAAUUGAGGAAGUUUUAGAGACACCAAGCCAAAAAAAUGAAUCAAAUAACUUUGAGGGCGAUGACAAUAUCAGUCAUAAAGAUAAUGAUUUACAUCUAGACCAUGAACACGAUAAUGAAAAAAAUUACAUUCCUGGAACAUUUGUAUUGGGGCUAAGACCUUCUGCGAAGUUCAUGGCUCAUAAAUUGAAACCAACCUCAAUUUAG